UCCCCGGACUCUGGCCACGUGUCCCCGGCCAGCGUUUGAACCGUCCCGCCAAUUACCCGGCGCGCCUUGCGCCGCGCACGCGCAUUUCAUUGUUUUGACUAAAAAUGCCGUCGGUUUCGAAAGCUGCGCCGAGCGCUUCUCCUCAGACCGAGAAACCGUCUCAUUACACGUACCUUAAAGAGUUCCGCACGGAGCAAUGCCCGCUCUUCUUGCAGCACAAGUGCGCCCAACACAGGCCCUUCACCUGCUUCCACUGGCAUUUCCUGAACCAGAGACGGCGGAGGCCCAUCAGGAGGCGGGACGGUACCUUCAACUACAGCCCAGACGUCUAUUGCACGAAAUACGAUGAGACGACAGGGAUCUGCCCGGACGGAGACGACUGUCCAUAUCUCCAUCGAACAACUGGGGACACAGAAAGAAAGUAUCAUCUACGUUAUUAUAAGACUGGUACAUGCAUCCAUGAAACAGAUGCUCGUGGGCACUGUGUGAAGAAUGGACUUCAUUGUGCAUUUGCUCAUGGACCACAUGAUCUUCGUCCUCCAGUAUAUGAUAUAAGGGAACUCCAAGCACAAGAAGCAUUGCAGAAUGGCCAGCUCGGAGCAGGGGAAGGCCUUCCUGAUCUCCAACCAGGUGUGCUGGCUAGUCAAGCCAUGAUAGAGAAAACACUAUCUGAAGAUCCAAGAUGGCAGGAAACGAACUUUGUGCUAGCAAAUUACAAGACUGAUCAAUGUAAUAAACCACCUCGACUCUGCCGACAAGGAUAUGCUUGUCCUCAUUAUCACAAUAGCCGAGACCGAAGAAGGAAUCCACGAAAAUUUAAAUAUCGGUCAACACCUUGUCCUAAUGUUAAACAUGGGGACGAAUGGGGAGAGCCCACAAAAUGUGAGAGCGGAGAUAAUUGUCAGUACUGUCACUCUCGCACCGAGCAGCAGUUUCAUCCAGAGAUCUACAAAUCCACAAAAUGCAAUGAUAUGCGACAGACAGGAUAUUGCCCACGUGGGCCUUUCUGUGCAUUUGCACAUGUUGAACGAAUACCCUCUACUGAGGAAGUACAAAUCAUGAAUCAGGUAGCCUCAAUGAUGCAGGCAGGAGCUGUGGCAAGUGCUCAGCCCAAGCAAGGCCCUCGACUUUAUUCUACAGAAAGUCUUGGAUCUACCAAUGAAUGGAACACAAGUAUUAAUCCAGCCAGCAAUAAUGGACAGAUAGGAAAUGUUUCAUCAUCAAGCAGCCCAACAGUUACUUCAAGUUCAGGUAGUAACAGUUCAUUGUAUCUUGUUGGACCAAUGAGUAGGUGCAAAUAUUUUACUAACUGUAGUUUAUGUUCAGAUGCUGCGACAUCCAGUGUUUCAUCACCCACAUCUACGUAUCCAAAAGCACCGGGCUUUGAACGCGAAGAUCAGGCAAAACAACAUAAGAACCAAACAGUAGAAAAUAACCAGAAAUUAAAUGAACAUGAUAGUAAACAGAACCUUUUAAAUGUAUUUUCAGUGGUAAAUCCACUAACAUCUAGUAUAACAUCCAGUUUGGCAUCCAGUAUUGGAUCUGAUACUUCGUCUCCCUCUACUUUGUCAACAAUGAAUGCCAAAGCAGUCCCAUUUUAUCCUGCUAGCAAUACAGUGGAAUCAGUAAUCGGUUCUGCUCUAGAUCUUCAUUUUGGUGACGUAAAUGUUGCAUCUCUUGAUAAAGAAUUAGAAGAUCAAGAUACUGGUGACAUAGGAUUAAAAGGUCAAAGACUAUUGGGCAGUUCGGCUCCUGUAAAUAUCCCGGGAUCACUUGCUCGUUCUUCUUCUUUGCAUUCUUCUUCCUCCUUAUCUGCCUCUCCACUUGGUUCCCUUUCCCAGUCUUUCCUUUCAUCCAGCAUGGCUCCACAGCAGCAGUCUCAGCAACAAUCAAAAUCUGAGCAUACUCUCCUAGGUACUUCGGCUUCUUCUCACAGUUCCUUGGGUUUGAAUGGUGUUUCUGGAAGUAUCUGGGAUCACUUUGUUAGUGGUAAUUUCUCUCCCAGUCCAUCCCCUGUAUUCAGUAGUAGUGCCACAACAACCACUGCUGGCUCUAGUAACAAUGAGCUUGCCAGAGUACGAAGAGAACUUGAGGAGGCAAAGCGGAAGAUAAAACAGUGGGAAGACUCUUGGCAACAAGUGAAACAGGCAUGUGAUGCAUGGCAAAAGGAAGCUCAGGAGGCCAAAGAAAGGGCAAAAGUGGCUGAUACAGAACGGCAAGUAGUAAUACAACAGAAGGAAGAAGUGGAUAAACAGCUAAAAAAGCUUCAGGAGGAUUUUGAUGCUUUAUGUCGUUCUCCAAACUUUCUCCUCCUUAGAAACUAUGGGGAUAUAGACAAGCUUCCUUUACCAAAGUUACAUUCUAUACAAAGCCAAUUGCGUGCAGAUUUGGACCUUGUAGAUGGGGUAAUAUAUCAGCUGCAGUCGAAGAAAUGCAUUGUAUGCCAGGAACGUGACCGUUCUAUUUUACUCCAGCCUUGCCAGCAUUAUGUCCUCUGUGAGCACUGUGCACCUAACAAAAUUGAAUGUCCCUAUUGUAAAACUAAAGUAAUGAACUGGUGAUGAAUAUAUUCUAGGUACAGGGACUAGCCUUUUGAAGAACGACUACACUAUUCUAACAAAUCAAAGCUGUAGUGCCCCCUCAUGUUGGAAAUAUUUUAUAUUACGCAGUGAGUACAUCCUACCCUACAAAAUACAGCAUUUGUCUCUGUAUGACUAAUUUUAAAAAAAUACAUAUAGCUCUUUCCACUAGGAAAGCUUGCUAUAUGCAUCUUGUUAAACCUGUUAUUCACAGUAACUCCUUUGGUAUUUUGUUAAGCACGUUUAGCUAUACAGUUUGCUUUAGUCUGACCGUGCUUCAUAGACAGUGUUGCUGCAUUUCCAUCACUUCUAAGUUUACAACUGGACCCUACCGCAUGCAUUCAGAAAUGCAAUUGAAGUAAACUGUAGGCACUUCAGAUACCAAGUUCUAGUGUAGGAUCAACUUGCUGUGUAUUUCCAAUGAAUACUGCAUGCAGAGCACUGCAGCUUUAGCAUUUUUAUGUUCUAGUAUUUUACAUAUAAAAUUUAAAAAGGAAAAAAAAAGACUAGGUUAUGUGAAGAGGUUUAAUUUCCUGUAAAGCACUUUGUUAACCUGGGUAUUUUUUUUUUCAUUUAGAGGAUAUAAUAAAUUGCUUUCAAGCUGCUUUGUAGUUUUUUUCAGAAUAUGUGAUGAUAUAAAGCUUUGUAUGUGUACUGUGAAACCUAUUAAUAGAUAUUUGGUAUUCCAAUUCUUACUGUUAAAUUAUAGUACAGUGAACAUUGUUAGAUUUCCUAUUCUAAUUAAGUACAAUUAUAAAUAUUAGUAUUGUGCAACUUGCUAGGAUUUUUACAUUUUUCAAUUUAUAAAUUAAAUGCAAACUUUUAAUGCUUAAAAGGAUAACCAGCAGCAGUUUCAUAAAGGCACAUAUGCUAAACUAAGCAAACAAAUAGUCUGAAGACAAGUUUGCUAUUUUAUAUAAUAAAAUGAACUAGUCUUUUUUUGUUUUUUUUUUCUCCAAAGUAAGCUGCAUUGACCAGCUUGUGGUUGGAGAUUUUGUAGCUAGCAUCACAAAAAUUUUUAAUGAGUUGUUUUUUUUUCCUCCUCUGUUGGUGCAACUCCUAGCCUUUUAAGUAUUUUAAAUAACUAUCUAAUUUCUGGCCACUGUUACCAAGUGCCUUCUGCCUUGCCUAAACCUGAAUUGCAAUGACAACUUUUGUCAGACAGGCAAAGGUACUUUGUGAAAUCUUUGCACUGAUUAUAUAUACACAUUUAUACUUAAAUAUAUAAUUAAUGCAAAACCACAGACCAGCUUUCUCUUAAUAGAAAAGAGGUAAGGUGCAUAAAAUUCAGGAUAAAACCAUACUGAUUGUGGAUGUUGAAAUUUCCACCACUUGUUGUUCUGUCUGAUUUCUGAGUAUACUUACUGGAGGGCUAAGACCUUUCCUCUCUUUUACAUUGGUCACUUGAUUCAACAGCAUUGUAUGUACAAGUUGUAAUUAAGAAUGGAAAAAACUGACCUAUUACUGUGUUGAUUUAAAUUAUUUGUCUUCACUUCUUGUCAUUCUGUAUUAGAAGUCCAUUAAUAAUAUUGUCAACAAAGUGCUCAAAGAAACCUAUAGUAACAUAUAUUUUAAAUCCUGAGUAAAUGGAUCAUAAAAUGUUGUUCACCAUUAAUUUUAAAAUUUGUGAUCUUUUUAAGACUUGAAUAUUGUUUCGCCCCAUGUGUAAGUGUAGAGGAGUAGAGGAGUCCAAGUCCUUAUUGGAACAUCCUUGAAACAAGUAACUGAGGAAGGGGCUAGUUUGGUAGAAACUAAUCAUUAUAGUUAUGGAUUUGAUGUUACAACCAACCUUACUAUUUAAACUUGCAUCAAAACAGCGUGUUUUAAAAAAAAAUCUGAACUAAGGCAGCUGAACUAAAUUUUAAUUGUUUACAGUAACAUGUAAUCAGGAAAACUUUGAAAUUCCCAUUCUAUGUAUAAUUAAUAAAUUUGAGGUCUUUAAAUUAUACAAGUAUCAAUGACAUUAAAUAUUGUAUUAACUUAUCUAAGCCAAAACCUCAAAAGCAGCCAGAAUUAAUGUCCUUGAAUUUAUGUGUAUACUUCUCUUUCGAUGAUGGGUCCAUUAUUAAUUGAAAGUCUAAAUGACUAUAACUCUGUAUAGUACAGUAAACUAAAUGCAGUGGUUAAGGACCAAUUUCAUGAAACACACUGUCACUAACCUUUAAAUGCAUUUGUAGAUAUGCAGUAAACUGAGGAACUUGUGUCCUGGUACACUGUGGAUUUAGAGACUGUUUUCAUCAUGUCAUUGGGUGGGUAAUUUCCACCUCUGAUAAAAAUUCUAUGCACAUCAGUAUAAAUUUUGCAACUGAGUUGAACUUGCUUCUAGAGUAGAGGUUCACAGCCUUUUUUUUUGCCAUGGACCCCUACCAUUAACUGAGGGAGAUCCGUGGACCUCAGGUUGGAAACCCCUGUUCUGGAAUAAUAAAAUUUUACCAUGUGAAAUUCAUUUAUUUCAUCCACCCACCAAAUCUCAAUCUCUCCCUAUCCUCCACUAUUGCUGAACUGUGUGCACAAACCAAACAAGCACUUUGCACUUUGGUGAAGUGUUAUAAUGGACUUCUGGAUCACAUGUAGUCUUUGCCAAAGAACUUUUCUGUAUAGCAAUUUAUUAUCUGUAGUUUUAACAAGACAUGUAUAUACUAAACGGUAGCUUGUUAUAGGCAGAAUUGCUGAAACAGUGACCAAAAUUAGAAAUUUUAAUUCUGUAUCAUGUUCUCAAUAAGGGAAAAAAAAUUCCACUUUUUGUAUAAAAAUGAAACUUAUUACAUGAAAUGCUCUUUGAUCACAGAUUGCUAACAUUUCUUUAAAAGAAUGUGGAUUGUGUUGAGUUCAGCAGCUAUUAAGUAAAUUGUAUUGGGGAAAAUAGCAACUUUACAUAAGCAGUCAACAAUUCAAGGUUUACUUUCAUGUAUUCAAGAUUAUUGUGAAGAAAACUUUUGCUUGGUAUUUGUUAUUUUUUCCAAAAGAAAUAGUGGCCAUAUGCAUCAAUGCUUAAUUAAACUGCUUAGAAGAAUUUUGUAGAUUUUUUUUUUGUAUUGAAACAUGUUAAUGGUUAAACCUAUUACAUAUUAUUGCUUGUGCACUACUGUUGGCAUUCAUGAGGAACUAUGUAACUAAAUUCGUUCAUUACUGCAUGUACUGUACUCUGCCAUCAUUGUGAUAGAAAACCAACGAUUUGGGAAAAACAAGCCCCGUUUAUUUUCACUUUGUGUGCUGAAUGUGCGCCAUUGACUGACGUGCAGUAUUCAUUAUACAUUUAAGUAUUCACUCUCUUUUCAUAAACUAGCAAUUUGGCCAGUAUCUAGUAAUUGGAAGGAAACAGUAUGGCAGGAAAAAGAAGAGUUGAUAUAAAUCAGUAUUAAGAAUUUGUGUUGCAUUAAAGCAAGAUUAUUAGUCAACUUUAGAGUAGCGCAGUGGUUAGCACAAUGUUAUUACAGCUUGGGGUAUCAGAGUUCAAUCCCAGUAUCCUCUGUAUGGAGUUUGUAUAUUCUCCAAUGCAUGGGUUUUCUCCAGUUGCUCUGGUUUCCUCCCACAGUCCAAAGACGUACUGGCUAGUAAGUUAAUUGGUCAUUGUAAAUUGUUCCAUGAUUAGCUGAGGGUUAAAUCGGGUUGUUUAGCAGUGCAUCUCAAAUGGUCUAUUCUAUGCUGUAUCUCUAAAUAAAUACUUUUGACAAGGCAAUUUCUUAACUGCUUUCUCCAAGUACUUGCCUAUUACCUGCCCAAGCCAAAGACUUAUAAAGGUAACAGAAAUACCAGAUUGCCUGUAGUUUUAUUGGUGUCCUCCCUCUUGGGCUUCAUGGGUCAGUAUUUGUUCAGAAGGCCCAAUCAAAUUAAUUUCCUUAAUUGAUAUGUUGUAAAAUUAUAUAGACAGCCUGAGCUAGGAUUAUCAUUUCAUGAGAUAGCUGUCACUAUUCCCAUUAGAUCUUGUUAGUCCUAACUAACCUUAUAUUUUUUUGUUCUUUGCACAAUGUCAGUGCUGUACCAAAGCUUGUACAUCACUGCAGCAGUGAACCGUUUGAUCACACAUUCACUGUCUUAAACCUAGAUAGCACGAGAUUAACUUAUUCAUUUUUUUUUCCCUGAUCUGUCAGUUAUAAAUUAUAAAAUACUUUGGAGAUGCUGAGUGACCUGGGCCUCACAGUAAACUACUGCCUCACAACACCAGCUGAGCAUUUAUCCUCUGAAACCCCACUACUUAGCAUUAGUGUAACUUUUGUACAAGAAAGAACUCAAUGAACUCCCAAUUUAAAAACAAAAUUGAAAUGCAAAGUUGAAGUUGCAGAGCACUUGAUAAGAAACAUGAAAUCCUGAACCCACAACAUCCUAAAUAUUUGCAGUAAAUUAACGUUUGAUUCUUUUUCUGUAGUUCCUUCCAUUUUGCUGAGUGAUAGUGGGAAAAUGUAUAUAUUAAAUGUAAGUUUUCUUUGACCUGCACACUUUGUGCUAUAUGUUAAGUAUGAAGUAUGCACAGAAGUAACCUGUGGAAGAAAUGGUUAGCAUUAAUGGUGCCAAACUGGUAGAAAAGUGUAAAUGGUCAACAAAGAGCAUUUAAAAAAAGUAACCUACAGUGCCAAAACUGCCUUAAGAGCCACUCAAACAUUAAAUGCUGAAUACUAUGCCCCAUCCUCAAGGAACCAAUUGUAUAGAAAAAAUUGUCCAACUAUAUUACAAAAAUAUAUCAAAGAUAAACAUUUACAUUAUCUAAUGUGUUUUAUAAUUAAGACUUUGAGUUUUGGGUUUGGUCAUUUAAGACUAGGAAGGUGGUACAGUUACAUGCAGUGUGAUAACGAAUAAAUUGCUGAAAUUCCCAUAGUGAGUAGCUUGUCAGGGUUGAAAUAAAUCUUUCCCAGGUAUGUGAAGUCACUGAAUGUGUGUUGGUAUACAAACUAUUUCCCCCACAUAACGGUUAACCACAUUGCCCAGUGGUUCCAAAUUAGAGUCGAAUUCUACACCAGCUUGACGUAUUUGUAAGAAUUAUGAAAUGCAGGGUUUAAGUAUCUAGUGCGUGGGAAAUAGGAUUAGGUGGGUUUGCACUUUUUCAACCACCACAAACAUAAUGGCCUGACAGAACUUGUCAUUUAUUUUAUGAAUCCAUCUCCAUCGCUAUUUUUAAAGAUUUGUAUCAAUCCCAAUUACAGAUAGUUUAGUGAGAUAUGGGCUAACUGAUACGAUUUGUCAGUCAUACUAAGCAGUCUGAGUUUAUUCUUUUGAGACAGGAAGGAUAAUGUUAACAAUUCCUGAAUUCUAUCCAGUGCCUGUGCCCUUUGAUUCAAUAGGUACGUUUGCUGUGUGGCUGAACCUUUUGCUAUUAUUUCCCUAUUAAUGAAGAUGGGAGUAGUGCAGUUCCUCGUCAUAUUCCGAUUACCCCUUUUGGAGAAUUGUUAGCUGUGCUUUUGGUCUUCCCUGAUUGCCCUCAGCAGAAGUGCAGCAUUUCAGUUUAUGAAUAAACUUGUAUCCUCCAGCAAGUGAUAACUUUGUUGCACAUCAGUAGGCGGGCUUUAAGGCUCAUUUAUUGUAAUACAUGCUUCAGUAUUGAAAUAGCUUGCUGCCAUGUCAAUAAAACAUAAUUCUGUGGCUAUUACAGUAACACCUAUUUUCUGCAGGGUUUGAGGAAAUAAUUGUUAUAACUAAUUAAGUUAAUAACAUAGUUUGCUCCACUUCACAAUUGGUCCAUGCUACAGAAAAUCCCCAAAUCACCACGGGCAACAUUAAUCAAAGACAAACAAGUUAAGCAACAACAAAUAGUUAAUCUUGGUUAUUGUAACUUUUUACUGCCAGAAUUGUUCAUGGAAACAAAUUGGAUUCAUUAUAUAAAAGCCCAUAAUUGACAGGUGGUAGAUGUGCUGAGAUGGCCAAUUACUGAGACUAGCCUUCAUCUUUUACCUGACGAUAAUUCCUUUGCUGUAAAAUUCUAAUUUUUUAAUGGAAUUAGUUUCUAUGUGAACACACUUUCAGAAUAUUUAUAUGCAAGUUCCUCAGCCUGGGAAGAGCAAUGAAAUGGGAGGGAAAAAAACUCGUAUUUUCUCAGGGUUUAAAGGAACAAUCUGUAAACCAUUCUGUAGCAGUCAAGCUGCAUUUAUAGAUCUGUUUAUUUUGAAAGCUCUUUGAAUGGGGUUAUUGUUAUGACCAAGGGCAGCAGGCAUGAUGGGCUGUUGGAAAAAUCCAGCAGCUAUGUAUUUGUGCUAGUUUCUGUGCACAUCACCAUUUCACUUCAAAUGAAAUACCCAAUUGGCCCCUUCACCUUUUUUUGCUUUAAUCCAAUCAUAAUUAUGUAUGCCGCUUGCAUUUUUUUUUAAAUCAGAGGGCAUACAGGACUGACCAAUCUGAAACUUUGCAUGAAUAGAAAACCGCUAAACCAGUAAAUAGUUGCUUCAGAUCUGCAACAAACUAAUUUACCCACCUUGUUCUCAUGAAAAUUUGACAUUCAAAAUCAUAAGGUGCAAGAAUUCAAUUACAUUACUGGCAAAAUGUAUUACAUUAGUAACAUAUCCCUGACUCUGUGAUUUAUGUAUUGAUGUGGAAUAGCUCAUAUCUUAACUAGUGUCUAAAUAUUACUGAAAUAUUGUCUUGGUAUAUUAAUUUUGUGUGGUCAAAACAAGACCUUAAUUGAAUAUUAUUGGAAUUUUUCAUUUUGUGUAUUAAUUUAUGGAAGCCUGUUGUAUGCAGUCUAGGUGAGUGUACACAAACAAUGGCGAUCUGAAUGGAAUGUUCUUACAGAAGGUAUUUAUAAAUGCAUAAUCAUUUUACUCUAGUUCAUUGUUUAAAUUGUUAACACUUGUUAAGAUUUUUACACUAUAGCAUUUAUGCAGUGGUUUACAGAAUUCAUGGAAUUAUUUUUAUUAUCAAUAUGGGAAUUAAAAUAAUUUUUGAUCCUCAGUGUGUUGUUAUUCAUUGCUUCUCUUUCUCCCAGACUACUUUCAUUCUUAAGGACUUAAAAAUGAAGAGAAAAAUUGAGUAUGACUAAUCUUAAUUCUCUGGUCUUACCUAACUUUGCGUCUUGAAACUUCAUAGCCAGGUGAUUCCCAAAUCUAAUUUGGAAAUUUGCGUUAGUGGGUGAUUGAGUAACCUGUUCCAAUCUGGUUGUUGCAAGUGAAACUAAGUUUACUUGGGAUUACAGAAAGGGAGUAACACUUGAAAAUUUCUCCUGUGGCAAGUGUCUUAAUUUGUGAUUAGGUUACAAGUAUGGAGUGUGCUCCUUGAACUUAGUUUAAUACUCAGUCACCCCAAUGUAUUCAAUAAACUAUUCACUCUGCUUCUCUAACGGAAUAGAGUUAGCCAUGGGGAGAAAAUAAAUGUUAAGUUUUGGAGUAAACUGGGCCACGAUGAUGCUAUUUGGGAUAUUUUUCCAUGCUCACCAGUAUUAAUAAAUGACCCUUUCUACUAUUGAUAAAGCAUUUAAAAACUUUGUUCUGGUUUCCAAAUUUAAGCCAUAUGCUUUGCAUUUGACAUGGUAGAAAUAAGAGUGCUGUCAAUGGCACAGAAGGAAAAAAUAAUUAGUAUCUAUUUCAAAUACCUUUCUCGCUGUCAGCUAUUUCUUUAGUUCUCAUUUUUCAUGCUGUUAUGGUGCCAUUUUCUAAUUUUAGGUUAUAAAUUCUGGAUCGUCCUUUUGAUCCAUAUUGUCCGCUUCCAACCUCCUGCCAUAGACGUAUUGCAACUUUGGGAAUCAACAGUACUAUACAUCCCAUACAAUUAUAGUUCCUAAUUUUCAAUGGGAAGUAACAAAUUAUGCUAGCUUUACUAGUAGUGCAAUUUAACAGUGGUGUCAACAGCAACUUUAAAAAAAGAAAUAUUCCUGAUACAGGGUUUUGACCCAAAACAUAAAUACCUGCCUCUUCAAUGCUGUUCUACCUGCUGAGAACCUCUGGUCACUUAUUUUUAUUGCUCUACAAAGGAUAAAUAGCUGUUUAUUUCCACAGUGAGAUAGUAUGGAGGUGGGGACUACUAACCAGCAGGCACUACAGAUGGUAGCACUGUGCUCAUUAACACCCUACAGGGUGCUCUGGAGUUGAAACACUCAUGUUAAUUUAACAAUAGUUUUUCUCUGCUCUGUGAUUUUCAGUCUGAAGUUGCAAAUUAACAUUCAAUCUUCAGUUAAUCCACUACGCAAUAGCAAGCUUUUGGUAGCACCUCACCAAAUUGACUUCAUUCCAUGAAACAGAUGCAUCCAUAUAGAGAGUUGAGAUUGAAUGCUUUAAAAUUCUGUGCAAAAUUCUUUAAAGUAGGCUAAAAUGCUCACACAAAUGAACUGAAGAAUAACCAAUUACGAACAGGUAGAGGCUUAUUUGUGCUAGAUUGAAUGUGCAUCUAUGUAACAUCAUUACCCAGGAGCAUUCCAAAGCUUAUGAAAUACAUUAUUUUAAAAAAUGCAUUCACUUGUAGGAAGUACCACAUCCAAAUUGCAAAUAGCUAAUACUCAAACAGUAUUCUGAUUUGAGAAAUAAGGAAUUUGUACUGAAAAAGUCAAUGAAAAUAGUUUCCAACCUACAGUAUCUCAGUGUCAGGUUGCAACAAGGAGAAACUUUUGGUCACAUCCAUAUACCACUCGGUUCCAUUUAUCCAUCAUGUUGGUGACCGAAUUUGACCUGGUUGAGGCUGGAGUGGUGGGAGGGAAUGCAGUUCUUACUUCACAGAGUCCUAGCCAUUGGGUGGCGCACUGGACCAGUUGGAUAGAUGGAGUAGCCAAAUAGGUUUUACUGAAUGCUGCAAAGCUAAAAUGCAACACCGACUGUUGCUGUUUUGGCUAAGGGGAUCUCUGUAAUGGGUGAAGAUGCGUAUUUUGUAAACUGUUUAAUUACUGUUUAUUGCAGUAGCUUUAUGUUUUCACCUGUACUUUUAGAAGCCGACCCAGAACAAAAGAAAAUGACAGCUGGACUUCAUUAAUAGCGAGGUUGCAAUGUAAUGCCCGUCCACUUGUCAAAAGCACCAUGGUCCUGCUGUAGUUUAGAAUUUGUUCAGGAACAGGAGUUGACAGAUGCUCACUGGCAAAUCAGUCUGACACCUGUCUUAAUCUUGACCCUUUUAAUUAUUCCACACAUUAAUAUCUUUUAAAGAAAAUCCAGUUGUGUUUCAAAGUUGAUUUUAAUUUUAGGAAGCUAUAUACAGUAGUUCAUUAACAUUUUACUUAUUUAACCACAAUGCAAGGCUACAGACCUGAAGUUCUGUUUCUCUCUCCAAGCUACUCUUAUGCAUUAUCCCCUGUAUUUUGUUGUUUUAUUUCACGUGAUUUUGCUUUUUAAAAGUUCAACUCCUUACACCCCUUCACCAUUCUCAUUCCAGCUUUAAUCUGAUAAUUUUACUUAACAUCUCAGAUGUAGAAACCAACAAACUAAAAACCAUCUACUCAAGAAUGAAGUCAAACUUUACACUUCAGUCUCCUUUUGCAAAAAUAAAAUCAGUAGUA